AUGGCGGGCGGGGGCGGCGGGCGGGCCUCAGACUCUCAGUGCGGGAGCGGCCGAGCGGGGCGCAUCUGCGGGAGAGAGGGCGCGGGGCGCCGCCGUCAGGGUCGGGCUCCGGACGUCCAGCGGCCCACUGGCAGGGCCGGGCCCCGCACCACCCUGCUCUGCCACAGUGCCCAGGCCCCCCUGCGGGGCACCCCCAGACCCUCCAGCCGCCACGAGCCAGACCAGGUCUCGCCGCAGACCCGGCCGAUGGUGGGACCCUGGCAGGGCCGCUUUGCUUUCGGUUUGCUUUUCCCGUUUUCCCUAGAGCAGCCGUGCAGAGGGCCCGCCAGAGGGGGCAUUCUGCCCCGCCGGCUGAGAAGCCGCCCCUUCGGCCCUCGGGAGAGGCGGGCAGGAGUGGUUGCCCAGGGAAGUGAGCUGAAGCUGGGAGAACUCAGCCUCUCCGCCGCCUCUGCUCGCCCUCCAGGCAAAGGAGACCUCGGGCCAGAGGUGCUCCGAGCCGCGCCCGGCUCCCCCAGCCCGAACUGCCUCGGGGACCCGGCUGCCAGCCCAGGAGUUGGGACCCUGUCGCAGCCCCACCUGCGCGCCCUCCCGGCCCCCCAGCUCCCGAUGCCGGCCGAUCCCUGCUGGCUCGCUCCCAGCCCAGCAAGACUCCUGUGCCGUCCACUCACAGAAGAUCCGGAAGAGCCGGGAGGAACGUCCGAGAUCCUAUCUUUGUUCGUCCCGGCCGUCCUCAAAGCCACUGCACCACGGAACCCUCCCCCUCAUAAUGCCCUUCAGAAUGGAACCCACUUUGGGACAUAACAAAGCCAGAGUCCAGCCCCUGCAGCUGUGCUAGCCUCAGGGGAGAAGCCCGUUCCACACAGACUCUAGACCUCCCCAGGAGGAAGUAGAUGGGGGGGUCUCUUCUCUGUGGACCCUCCCUUGGGAACGGCUGGGAUUAUGGGCUGUCCACCAGAAUGCCUCCCAGCCCCCGGCGGGCCACGCACCCGCAGGUGGCCGAGAGAAGGAUGUGGGGCUAUGAGCCCCCAGAGCUGCAGACACGCAUGCACACAGGGGCCAGGGGGCGUCAGAGUCCAGCCUCCCCACGCACCCCAGAUCCUCAGGGGCCUGCUACGGCAGGGGCACGGCGCCGCGCAGGGGCGCAGCGUUUAAUUUCUGCAGAAGCACCACCAGCGAGGGAAGAGGAGG